UUAUUAACGAGCAACGUUCACAACAUCGGGGGUUCAUUCCCAAGAAGAAUUCAUCGCCUUCAUCACGCCUGAAAACCCACCAAACCCUCCUCCCCCCAAAAUGGCACCAACCCCACCCACCGUUCUCUCACUCAAACAAUCCUUCCUCACCACCCAAACACGCCUCCUCUCACAACCCCUCGCCCCAACCCGCGCCUGGCUCUCGAGCAACAGCAACAGCAACAACAACAACAAUGAUGAUGAUGAUGAUGAGCCCCCGCUCCCCGAGAAGGCCAUCGACGACGCCCUCUUCAAGCUCAACCACCGGCUGCAGCAGCACGCCCGGCGGGUCUACCCCCCGCAGGCCACGCGCCACGUCGCGGAGCAGAUCGACCAGCUGUACUGGAACGCGGCGGCGCAGGCGACUGACGGCGCGCGCGGGGGGGACGCGGAUUCGGAUGCGGACGGGGAAGGGGAAGGGGUGAGGCCGGGUGCUGAUUUAGCCAACCCCGACGUGAUCGCUACGCUUCCCUUAGAGUGGGAAGAGGAUGGGUCUACCUCCCAGCAGCAACCCCUCGAAGCGAAGCGCUAUGCCGAGCUGGUGGGGGAGCUGCGCGCGCUGGCGGAGCGGAAGCAGCAGGCGGUCGCGCGAGUGGCGCGGCUGAGGCGAAUCCGAGCCCUGCUGGAGCCUUUCUCACCCAGCAGCCGCAGUGGCGGCGACGGCAGUGGUGGUGGUGAUGAUGAUGAUGGUGGUGAUAGCGGCGGCGGUGGCGGAACCCUUGACGCCGUGCAGGAGAACCUCAUCACCCGCAACGGGGAGAUCGAGGCGGAACUGAGCCGGAUGCGGAUGCUGCUUGCCAGAGUGGGCGGAAGGGUUGGGCAGCUCAAGGAGCAGGGUCGACAAGCGAGGGAGUCGAGCGCGGGGAGCUUGUUUUCAGACCGCGGGGAAGGCGUGGGGGAUGUGGAUGUGGAAAUGGAGGAACAGAGAAAGGUCGGGCUGUUGUUGGAGAGGUUCUAGGGUUUCUCCCGGCGUUGAAGGAAUUGUUCUUGAGGGAUCAUGCUAGGCGUUUGGGCGUCAACGGGAAGGGAGGGAUUCGGAAAAAAGAUCAUCUUGCAGUGAUACCCAGGUACUGGAACGAAACAAGUGCAGAUAAUAAGUUUCUCAUCUAGUCAGAUUUAAACCCAGGGAUCUGAGUUGGGUGUCCG